AUGUCGAUACAACACUUCGGCAAGGGCGCGCUGCGCGUGGCGAAGAACUACACGAAGGGAUACUCGGAUGUCCAGGCGAAAGUCCGGGAGGCGACGUCGAAUGACCCGUGGGGUCCUUCGGGCACACAGAUGAACGAGAUCGCUCAGAUGAGCUAUAAUCAGAACGAGUUUGUUGAGAUUAUGGAGAUGCUGGAUAAGCGGUUGAACGACAAGGGGAAGAACUGGCGCCACGUCUUCAAGUCGCUGACAGUACUGGACUACCUCCUACACGCCGGGUCCGAGAACGUCGUGAUCUACUUCCGGGACAACAUCUACAUCAUCAAAACGCUCAAAGAAUUCCAAUACGUCGACGAGUACGGAAAAGACCAGGGCGCGAACGUCCGCCAAAAGGCCAAAGACAUCACGAACCUCCUGCAGGACGACGCGCGCCUGCGCCAGGAGCGGCGCUCGCGCGCGCACAUGCGCGAUCGGAUGCUCGGCUCGAACGGCGAGGAGGAGGGCGGCGAGGAACGGCCCCGGCCGAGUCCGCGGCGGAACGGCGGUGCGGGCGGCGGGGACGACGACGAGCUGUGGAAGGCGAUCGAGGAGAGCAAGCGGAGUCUGGCGGCGGAGCAGGCGAAGACGGCCGAGGAGCGCGAUCUGGCGCAGGCGCUGAAGCUGAGCGAGGAGGAGGAGGCGCGGAGGCUGCAGGCGCUUAAGGACGCGAGCGGACAGGGCUUGUUCGACGACCAGGCGCAGGCCAACCAGACGCCGGACUUGUUGCAGAUUGACGCUCAGCCGUUCGUGCAGCCGCAGUAUACGAUUCAGCCGCAGUUUACGUCGUUCAACCCGUAUGCUCAGCAGGCGCAACAGGAGGCUGCUCAGGCGGAGUAUUUGCGUCAGCAGCAGGAGUGGCUCGCACAGCAGCAACAGCAGCAGCAGUUGCAGGCUCAGCAGGAGGAAUGGCUCCGCCAGCAGCAGUUGCUUCAGCUUCAGCAGCAACAGCAACAGCAGCAAUACCUCCAGCAACAGCAACUUCUGGCUCAGCAGCAGCUCGUGCCGCAGCAGACGUCGUUCGGCACGAACAACCCGUUUGCAGCACAGCAGUCGCCCUCUCCAUUCCAACCUUCCUCGCCCGCCCCGCCCCAGCAAAACGGCAUCAACUUCAACCUCCCAUCGACCUACGACCAGCACUCCCAACCGCAAACAAACCUCUCCACAUCCUUCUCGCCGCCCCCACAGCAGCAGCAGCAAUCACCUGCGCCUCCUUCACCCGCUUCGCGUGGACCGACACGCGCGGACCAGGCCAACCCGCAGCUGGCGAAUCUGUUUGCGGGCGUGGGCUCGGGAGACGGGGUGGAUACGUUCGGGAAUGUCGGGCAGCUGAGGUACGGCGGGACGGAUGCGGGGCGGCUCGUUGCGCAGAGGACGGGCGCGGCGCCGUCGCCGUCGCAUAAUCCGUUUGCGCAGCAGCAGCAGCAGCAGAACGCGGAGCAGCCGUUCUUCUCGAUUUAA